AUGGAGUCUGGCGCCACAACACUGCCAACGCAUUUGCCAACACCACUGCCAAUGCCAACACCACCACCGCCACCACCAACACCACCUCCAACACCACCGCCAACACCACUGCCACCACCACCAUCACGGCCACCAUCACUGCCAACACCACCACCAACACCACCUCCAACACCACCGCCAACACCACUGCCACCCCCACCACCGCCACCACCACCAUCACCGCCACCAUCACUGCCAACACCACCAUCACUGCCAACACCACCACCGCCACUGCCAACACCACUGCCACCACCACCAUCACUGCCAACACCACCAUCACUGCCAACACCACCACCGCCACUGCCAACACCACUGCCACCACCACCAUCACUGCCAACACCACUGCCAACACCACCGCCACCACCACCAUCACUGCCAACACCACCGCCAACACCACCGCCACCAUCACUGCCACCACCACUCCCACCACCACCAUCACCACCACCAUCACUGCCAACACCACCACCAACACCACCGCCACCACCACCAUCACUGCCAACACCACCAUCACCGCCACCGCCACUGCCAACACCACUGCCAACACCACCAUCACCGCCACCGCCACUGUCAACACCACUGCCAACACCACCGCCACCACCACCAUCACCGCCACCAUCACUGCCAACACCACCACCGCCACUGCCAACACCACUGCCACCACCACCAUCACUGCCAACACCACCGCCACCACCACCAUCACUGCCAACACCACCGCCAACACCACCACCACCAUCACCAUCACCGCCACCAUCACUGCCACCACCACUGCCACCACCACUAUCACCACCACCAUCACUGCCAACACCACCACCAACACCACCGCCACCACCACCAUCACCGCCACCAUCACUGCCAACACCACCAUCACCGCCACCGCCACUGCCAACACCACUGCCACCACCACCAUCACUGCCAACACCACCGCCACCACCAACAUCACCGCCACCAUCACUGCCAACACCACCAUCACUGCCAACACCACCACCGCCAUUGCCAACACCACUGCCACCACCACCAUCACUGCCAACACCACCGCCACCACCACCAUCACUGCCAACACCAUCGCCAACACCACCGCCACCACCACCAUCACCGCCACCAUCACUGCCACCACCACCAUCACCACCACCAUCACUGCCAACACCACCACCAACACCACCGCCACCAUCACUGCCAACACCACCAUCACCGCCACCGCCACUGCCAACACCACUGCCACCACCACCAUCACUGCCAACACCAUUGGCAACACCACCGCCACCACCACCAUCACCAUCACCGCCACCAUCACUGCCAACACCACCAUCACCGCCACCGCCACUGCCAACACCACUGCCACCACCACCAUCACUGCCAACACCAUUGGCAACACCACCGCCACCACCACCAUCACCAGCACCACCACUGCCACCACCGCCAUUGCCAACACCACCGCCACCACUACCACCACUAUCACCACCAUCACUACCACCAUCACUGCCAACACCACCAUCACCGCCACCGCCACUGCCAACACCACUGCCACCACCACUGGUGAUGUUUUUCUCAAUGGAGUCUGGCGCCAACGCCACCCCAUGGAGGACUGAGCAGCUGGUAGAAUCGACCUGUGGGCCGUUUCUACGGUGA